AUGUGUAUAAGUAUAUCUGCAUUCCGAAAAUACUAUCGACCGGAGCCAAAAAAGCCAUACUUACAUUCAAUGAAAUUGAAAUCUCCCUUUGGAAGACCCACACGUUCUUCAUAUCUUAGAAGUCAGUUAAGUUAUGGACGUAUGGACAGAGAAAGCAGCAGAGAUUUAAGAAGAGAUAACAGUGAUAUAUUUGACUGUCAUACGCUUAUUGAACCGAUUCAUAAGUUAUUAACUAACAGUUUAGUAAAACAAUUGUCAGUCAAACCAACAGAUUUAUACAGUUAUCUAAUUGGUUCUCAAAUGGCAGUUAAAGUCAAACAAGAAAUUUCAAAAUCUUUAGAUUUUGGAAAGAAAACCAAGCCGAACUACACCAGUGUUGGGUUACAUCCAACAAAUUGUAACAAAAACAAAGUUAAACGGAAAGUACAAACAAUAAAAACCCCAAAAUCAUGUUCAAACAUUAGUAUUAAUACUAAUGAUUGUUUAAUAAUAAAAUCAAAGAAUGCUUUAAAUCAGUCUUGUUCAAUUUCUACAAAAUUAAAUUUAACUGAAAUAAAUGAGUCAAAUUCUGAUUUUGUAAAUUUAGAAAAUAAUAUAUCUGUAUGCUUAAAAAUUCAAGGCAGUCCGAGGAAAACUACCUCACUGUACACAAAACAAAAAAGUAGUUUAAGUGAAAAUGACAUUGUGAAGGUUGUUUCACCAAGAUUAUCAAACCAAUAUAAACAUCCAAGAACUAAAAAAUCAUAUGAAAACAUACUUUCAUCUGGUCGUGCAUACUCAAUAUCUUCCAUAUCAGCUGAGAGAAUUAAGGGGAUUCUGGAUGACAAAUUAUGUAUUUACGGUCAUCAGACAGGAAAAACUCCAAGAACAUCCGAUUUCCAUGAGUUAGAUGAAAUUCCUGAAAAUCAACUUCAUACUCUGUCUUAUUAUAUUAAUAAGAAACAAUUGAAAGUUUCACACAAAACAUCAGCCCGUCCUAAAAGUGCUGGGGAUGCUCAUAUUGGAAUAAAUUCUAUCUUAGUGGAAUUAUCUGAAAUUUCCCAUUUAUAA